UCAACAAGUCAAAGUUCUUUCUACCAUCCCAACCCCAAAGAGGCCCAUCCCAUUCGGGCCGGACCCAAUUUUACUAAGUUUUUUUUUUUUAAAGAGAAAAAUAAAAAAAAUUUGCUUUUAUUUUCCCGCCUUCCCGCUUCCUCAAUCAAAAAAUUUUGUUUGUGCUCAAAGACUUUUGUGGUUUCCACCAAACACAAGGAAAAAAGAAAGGGAGCGUUUGGUUGUUUUCUUGACCUAAGGCUCUGAGCUCUUAAGCUUUCAGCCUUCAAAGAGAGCAGAGGAUGUGGAGGCUUUGGUGAAAAUGGAUACACCAGAUAAAACCCAGAUCACUCCAACUUCUUCUCUUUCCAAAUUUGAGGAUUCUCCUGUCUUUAAGUACAUUGACAGCCUUUCACCUAUUGAGCUAGCCAAGUCCAGGCAGAGCGAUAAUGUUUUCAGUUCACUAGCCUUUUUGUCCCCUUCAUCUUUGUUUCCUUCCCCACAGAUUAGUUGCCACAGGGAAUCCAGGUUUUUGGUUAAAAGGCAUCAUUUCUCGGCAGCUUCAAACUCUAGGGUCCUCCAGAGUGGUAAUGAAUCUAAUACGAGUGAGGGAGGUUCAAAAGCUGUUGAGCAAUCUGACUUGUAUGAUGAAAAUCUGGGAUUUCUCAAUAAUGACAGUUCAUCCAAAGGAAUUAGCAGUGAUCUGCUUGAUGAGCAAUUGGAUUUAGUAACUGAGUUGCCAAGAACCUUGAAAUAUGAUUGUGGGAGUCCUGAUGGUAACUUGGAGCCUUGUGAUGAGAUGUUUAAAAACACAAGCGUGGAAGUGGCAGGACAAGAGAGAUCUCCUUUCCAACGCAAUAGGGAUGAAUGGGAAGAGAGGCAACAGUCAUUUCAAAAUGAAAGGGAUUUGCGUAAAAUAUGUCGAAUUAAGUGGAGUGAAGAAUCAGCUGGAGGGGUGGCAAUUGUUUCUGAUGUUGCUGAUAUGUUGACAAUGAAUUCAUCUAUCAUUCAUGAAAAUACUGAUGGGCAGGAUAUGAGAACUGCAGACUCAGGGACAACCUCUUUUAUAUCAACUAUGCUGCAGUUCCCACUAGAUAAUGCCAAUAAUUUAGAAAAUGCAGAAUCUGGUGAUCCUAGUUGUUCUUGCAAACAAAGCGAAUUUGGUGAGCCUGUAACAGACCAGACACCUGGCAUCCUAUCUACUUGUCUACUGGACAAACUAGUAGUCAGUGAUUCAGGUUUGAAAAAGGAUGACAAGGGGGAGAAGUGCAACCAGUCCAGCCAUCAGCAGCGUAGCAUACGGAGGCGCUGUCUGGUGUUUGAGAAAUCACCUGGUUUUGGCUUGCACUUGAAUUCUCUUCCAAACAUCCCAAAAGGUCAGAAUCCUCUUAGUAAAUCAACUCUAAGCUCUAUGAAGAGGGGUGAGAUUCCUCAUGACAAGAGAACUGUGGUUACAGAAAAUUCUUCCGAGACACCUGCUACUUUUGGUGGCAAUGAGGCUGAUGAUAAUAGUCCUGAAAAGAAGAGGCAAAAGUUUGAACUUGACGAGGAGAGUGCUGCGUGCAAGCGGUGUAACUGUAAGAGAUCAAAAUGCUUGAAGCUUUAUUGUGACUGCUUUGCUGCUGGUCUGUACUGUAUUGAGCCUUGUUCAUGUCAAGAUUGCUUCAAUAAGCCAGUUCAUGAAAAUGUGGUUUUAGAGACUCGCAGACAGAUUGAAUCUCGCAAUCCACUAGCAUUUGCUCCCAAAGUGAUUAGAAGCACAGACCGUAUUUCAGACUCCUGGGGUGAAACUAACAAAACUCCAGCUUCAGCCAGGCAUAAAAGAGGAUGCAAUUGUAAAAGAUCAAGUUGCUUAAAGAAAUACUGUGAAUGUUUUCAGGCUGGUGUUGGAUGCUCCCCCAGCUGUAGAUGUGAAGGUUGUAAAAAUAGUUUCGGUCGGAAGGAUGGAGGUGAUGAAUCUGAAUCUGAUGGGGAGGACUUAGAAGCCUGCGAAAGGAAUGCAUCGGAGAAAAAAUCACACGACAUUGUAAUCAAUAAAGAUGAAGAGUAUCCAGAUCUUUCAGUAGCUUCCUCUGAUAUUUCCAGGCUGCCAUUUGCUUAUAGUGGGAAGCUUGCCGGAUCUUUUUCCCAUUCAAUUAGAUCAUCUCCUCAGUUGUGCACCAACCAAGAAAAUGGCUCAUUAUCUGAUUCUUCCUUAUGUCAGCCCAAGUUCGAUUCACAUCUCCAGGCAAUUCCUGAAGAUGAAGCUCCUGAGGUGCUGAAACAUAAAUGCUUACCUCCUGUUCAGAAACCAACCUCUCCAAACUGUAAGAGGGUUUCACCUCCACAUCGUGAGUGCAGUUCAUCUGCCGCAUGGCGUAGUAGGAAGUUGAUACUGAGAUCUGUCCCUCUUCCAUCAUUCUCUCCACCAUGAAAGUUGCGACUUUCCAGAACACGUAAAAGUUAUCAUUUUCUUAAUGGUGCUGGUGUUAUCCAGCAAUGGGAUUUUGAGGCAGUUACUUUCCAUAUAUAGUAACAAUGUACUUCCACUAUGUGUAGUGCUUAAUACUCUAGCUCUGGAACUUUGAAAUUUCGUAUCUUCAGAGUAGGUUCUGUUUAUAAAAGUGGAAUUCUUGUAAUAUUAUCUUCGUAUUUCUUCUUGUCUCCAUAA